AGAUUUUCUUUUAGUUUGAUCAAAAAAAGAGUAUACGGUCUUUUCUCUUAAAUAUAUAAUAACAUAUAGUAAUAUAUAUAAAGUAAUUAGGUUUUAGAUGUACAUACAAUUAUAUAUAUAGACAUGCAUACGCUUGUCAGAUUAUCACUUUAGAUUCUUUUCAUCAUAACACUCACACUCCCUCUUUCCACUUUCCGACAAGUCGGAAAAAUGGCUUUUUCCCGGCAAAUAACCGACGGCAAGAUAGCCGCCUCAACCACCGUAACAAAGAAGCCCGAUGUUUCAACUCCGCGGCCAAACUGCUGCGUCACGUGCCUUGCGAGACUUAUCAGAAAACUGAAGAGAAAGGGGAGGUUGCUAGUGUCGGCAACAGCUGCUCGUAGACAGGCGAGUUCGCUGCAAUGUCGGUACGAUCCAAUGAGCUAUUCACUGAACUUCGACGGUGGCGCGUGUGGUACACUUCCAGAUGAUGAAGAUUAUUAUUUCCGGUUCUAUGCGUUUUCUUCAAGAUACGUUACUAAUAAUACUAUCAAGGCGAGACCACCGUUUCCUCGUGAAACCCUCUCUACCUCUUCACAUGAUGUGGCGUAAAACUAAUUUGUCGUUCUUUGACCUUUUAUUUUCUUCAGCAAAUGAAAACUAGAUUAGUUAAUUAAUUUUGUAUUUGGUAUUUAGUUCGUAGAUUUAAAUCAAAUUUUUUUUAUUUGUUAAAUGUAAUUUUACAUAUACAUUAUCA